GGCUGCAGCCUCUCUGCCGUAGGUCUCAGAGCUUACUCUGGCUGUGCCGAGAUGGGGCUGCCUGGGCCAGGGCUGUGGCUGAAGAGGCUCUGGGUGCUCUUGGAGGUGGCUGUGCAUGUGGCUGUGGGCAAACUGCUUCUGACAUUGUUUCCAGACAGAGUCAAGAAGAACAUACUAGCCAUGGGCGACAAGACGGGUAUGACCAGGAACCCAAACUUCAGCCACGACAACUGGAUCCCGACCUUUUUCAGCACCCAGUAUUUCUGGUUCGUCCUGAAGGUCCGUUGGCAGCGACUAGAGGACACAGCUGAGCUAGGGGGUCUGGCCCCAAACUGCCCAGUGGUCCACCUCUCAGGACAGAGGUGCAACAUUUGGGACUUUAUGCAAGGCAACAGGCCCCUGGUGCUGAAUUUUGGAAGUUGUACCUGACCUUCAUUUAUGUUCAAAUUUGACCAAUUCAAGAGACUUACUGAAGACUUUAGUUCUGUAGCAGAUUUUCUCAUCAUUUACAUUGAAGAAGCACAUGCAUCAGAUGGCUGGGCUUUUAAGAACAACGUGGACAUCAGGAAUCACCAGAACCUUCAGGACCGCCUGCAGGCAGCCCAUCUGCUGCUGGCCAGGAGCCCCCAGUGCCCUGUGGUGGUGGACACGAUGCAGAACCAGAGCAGCGAGCUCUACGCAGCACUGCCGGAAAGGCUCUACAUAAUCCAGGAGGGCAGGAUCCUCUACAAGAUAAAGAUCAAGCUGACCCUACUUAUUCAGAUGAAACAAGUGAAAACUUGUAGGGUAAAUCCGGCCCUUGGAACUACAAUCCAGAGGAAGUUCGUGAUGUUCUGGAAAAACUCCACAGUUAAUCUGGACGAUACCUCAAUUCUAGGUGACCAACAGGAGGGCUUCUCAAGGCUUGCCUCUCCCUGAGACCCAGCUGGCUUUUACCUUCGACCUGUGUCCCUAGCUGAAUCACUAGCUCAGAUUUUUCUAACCUAAGCAAACAACUCCCAGCUGCAGAAUACAGGUCACAGCACCCAAUCAGGACAAACUGUUAUCAUCAGAAGAUGACGCAACACUCGAGCUGUUCAGGCCAGUUUCCUGUUGAGGAAAGUACAGCUUCACACUGCUCCCACCGUGGAGACCACAUUCAUUGCACACUGUCUUUGAGAGAGCAGUUGCACUCCACAGGCACACUUCUAAGGUACGGUGUCUCUCUCCAGCCACUCUGAUACCACGUAAUUCAAGCUGGCAUUCCUUCUACUAGGGAAAUUCAUUUUAUCCAGUUUGCAUUUAUGGAAUUGAUCACUUAAGACACUAAAUUGGUUUUUAGAACCAAGUAUGGGAAGAAUUCCAGUUGUCAGAAAGAGAUGAGGAGUUGGAAGAGGGGGGAUUAGAAACAGGAGGAGGCAGUCAUCCUCUCCUUGCCAAAAGAUUUAAACCUGUCUAUGCUGGUGGUGAUGAUGGGUAGGUUUCCAUGGUAACGCAUCUCUAAUUUUACCAGGGAAGAGAAGAGGAGAGUACUCGCUUUACCAUCUUCAAAUAUAUUUUAUAGAAAUCUAGCUCUCUGUACCCUGAAAUCUUCCACUAGCCUCACUUUUCAACAGAUUCACCUAUAAGGGAGGGUUGGCUUCCCAAAAGCAUAACCUUGACCAAACCAAACAACAGGCACCAGCAAUGCUGGCAUUCAGUUACGCAGAAGCUCCUACGUGAAAUUCUGUUUGUCCGAUUUCUUCGCAAGUCUCUUAAUGGUCAUUUGUGUUAGAUUACAUCAAACUAAUGGAUAACCAUUGUUAUUCAUCUGUUUUAACUCUGUGUCUUUACAUAUUUGUUUAUGAUGGCCACAGCCUAAAGUAUACACGGCUGUGACUUGAUUCAAAAGAAAAUGUUAUAAGAUGCAGCAAGCUAAUAACAGAAUGAUUAAAACAUAUCAGGCUAUUUUG